CAACGUUAAGGCGGCACUAUAGGGCAAACCAUUUAUGUUUACCACACUUUAGUUGAUGGAAAAUGUUUAGUCUCCCGGAGACGUCCUGUACGAAAAGACGUUAGUAUUGUAAUUCUGUGUUUUAUUUUGACUUUUGUGGUGGCCUACAAAUGAAAAUAUAUCGUCGCGAGGUUGGUUCAUCCUUUUGCUUCUGGUUUUUACGAAAUUCGAUCGUAUAGAGCGUAGAGCCUUCUAAACACACACUUCCAUGAAUAUUAAUUAAAUAAGAAAGUUGCCUUUUGUGGGGCUUUUUGGUGAAAAAAAAAUAUUUUCAAAUAAAAUUUGAAUGUCAUUCAAGGGAUACUCACGGUGGUGUAAAAAAAAAUAAGUAUAAAAAAAGGAUAAUAUCCAAGGAUUGGGUUCUUUAAUUUAUUUGUUCAACAAAGUGAUGACAAGUGAAAGGCACUUUCAUAUUAUUAUGAUGAAUAACGCUCGUCCCCGCGUCACCGUCGCAUGAUGUCGGUAUAAAACAUAAAGUGCAGGAAAGAAUAUUCCUUAUUCCAUUCUUUCUUACAUAACGUUACGUCCUGAUUGUUGUUAGUAUAUCCCUGCCGUGCUGUGUAUUUUCUUACCACCACAUCAUAUCGUCUUAUAACCACAUACAGCACACACAUUCUUAUUCAACAUCAAGGAAGGAAAAUAAAGUGCACACAAAUCCUUAUUUCUGUUAAUAUACAUACGUACAUAGAAAAGAGAUAGGAAGGAUACCCCUUUUAGUUUUUUGGGGCGGAUGACAAUCAUAUAAUUUUCUUAUCCUUCUUGAUGGGCUCAAGGAAAAAUAUGAUGUGACUCCCAUUCCCAUCACAUUCCCAUCAGUUGUUGUAUUGUUCUGCCUAUGUUUUCCUUGAAAGGAUAUUAAUUGCCUUAAUUAAGUGAAACAAAAAAAGGAAGAAAAAUGAAAAACCUUGUGCGUGAGAUAAUUUUUUAAUUGUGCUAUAAAGUUACACCGACGCAAAUAAUGCAAAUAAAAGAGAAAGGAAUGUAUAAUAAAAAAUUAUAAUGACCAGUGAAAAAUUGUAGGAUAUUUGAGUGCAGAUGAAGUAAUAAGGGAGAGUUAUUAUCCUGCCCCAAAUUAAUAUAUCCUGUAAAGAAAAAAAAAAUAAUUAAUAAACAAGAGGAGUAUUUUCUUUUGUUUUCCUUUGUGAUGUUGUGCUCCUUCAUAACGGGUGUCAAGUGCAAAAGUGAAGUAGGUAAUUAGAUACCAAUUUGAAUUGUUGGUUUUUGUGAAAUAUUUAUUUAUAUUUUUUUCUGUUUGUAACUAAAAUAUAUAUGUAUGGAUUAUUAUAAAAAAAAAAACAAAAAUCUUCUCAAAAAGCGUUCAUAUUAAAGCUGAGAGCAGAACGAGGAUUACUUUAUUCGAGAAGGAGAGAAGGGUAACAUCUGGCCAGAUGGUUUUCCAUUGAUAUGAAUAUAACGAAUACGCAUCAAAAACUGGCAGCCGUCAUCACACAAAGCAAAGAAAAACCUUGUACCGAACAGAAAUAAAGCAAAAUAAUCAUUCAACCAUAAAAAAAGUGUGUUGAGAUCCCCAAACGAAGCCAAAGUGAAUAAUCACAGCAAAGAUUCGACUACAAACAGGAGUCAAAUUUAAUUUCAUCCGCAUUGCGACAUCACACACAUGCUCGUGCAUUCAUACCGAACUCAUACUCUUUCAUAUACAACAAAACCAUACCAAGAAGGAUUUCCACAAUAAAUAGAUAGAUAUAGAUACAGAUACAGAUACAGAUACACCUACCGAUUGUUCCUAUGGGCCAAAUAACUCAUAUUAACUGGCUUAAUUCGUCUGCACUUGAAAAGGAGGAGGCUUUUUCAAUGUAAAUAGAAAAAAAAAGAAAAACGGAAAGCGGAAAACCCGAAGAAGCAGAAAAUCAUGUACUUCUAUGAUUUCCCAGUGCACAGCAUCUUUUUCCUUUGCAACGCAACGAACAAACGAACGAGCGAUUAAAUUUAUCACAAUAAGCAGGCUUUUAGGAGAAAAAAUAUGAUACUCAAGUGUAAACAUGGCAUAAGACUCGAAAGACCAAGGAUAAGGGAAAUUGCUAUGCAAAAGUUGACAAAGAAAAUCAAGGAGGAGUUCUUGCUCUAGAAACGAAACAAAAAUAAAAAAUACAAAACAAAAAAUAGAAAACAGAAAACUGAAGAAAAAAACAUAAAAGAACAAAAGAUUCUAAAGAACUUUUAAGUCACAAGAGACGACACCACCACAGACUAUAUGCAUAAGGAUUCAAUGAAAACGGAAUGGUUCAUUAAAUGCUUUUUCCACGACUAAGUUUGCAUUUAAUUCCCAUCAGCCAUCAUCACAAUCAGCCAUCAAACUCCUUCUGUUUCGUUUAAUUGUUUAUUUCAUUGCGCUUUUUUGAUUCACUAUUGUUGAUCUUUGAUUUUCUACUUCCGCCAACGCUAACGCCGCCGCAGCAUUAAAAGAACAUUGCAAGCAAUUGACGCACAGUUGAUGCUCUUGCACUGCUUCAACCCUAAUAUUGGUGAAUUCUUUGAGCUGCUUUACCACUUACCGUAAAAAGCUUCGAACAAUAAAGAAAUUAAAUACAAGAACAAAAUAAAGAGAAAACAACCAACACAACCAAAGUGUGAAUAAGAUAGUGAGUGGUUUGUUCCUUGCAUUUCCUCCUUCGUCUUCGUUUUUGUCAUAUUGAAAAAUCCAUUGACUCAACGAAGAGCCAAAAGUCAACACCAUCGAUGUUCAAUUCAAUAGUUGAUAGAAAUAGAAGAAGACAUCAUCAUCACCGAUACAAUUCAAUACGAAUACGAUUACCAAGACCUAGACCAAUAGCGAUACCGAUUCCGAUAACGAUACCAAUACCACUCUACAGCAAGAGGAGGAGAAUAAGGAUCAAUAUAAUGGACUCAGUUGUGAUGCAAUCGAAAUGUUUAUGGAGCUUUCUACUGAUUAUUUCUUUUAUGUGCAAUGGGACAUUUUCAGAUAUGGGUAAAAUCUCAUCAGCGAGCAUACAAAAUCACUUCAGCACCUCGACACAAUCACAUUUCUCAACAAAAAAUAAUACCCGGGUCAUAGCACAAAAAGGUGGCCUGGCAAUUUUACCAUGUGUGGUUAAAUUAAAUUCACCAGCGACUGUAUCCUGGAUACGACGAAAAGAUUUUCAAUUGCUCACAGUUGGCCUGUCAACCCAUAGCAGUGAUAAACGUUUUUUAGUUGAACACACCCGCCAUAUGGGUCACUGGUCGUUACGCAUCAAAUCGGUCCGUGAGGACGACCGAGGAUUCUACGAGUGCCAAUUAUCUAUUUAUCCAACACAAUCGAUAUUCAUCGAGCUGAAAGUAGUGGAAGCCGUUGCUGAAAUCACUGGAGCACCUGAUUUACACAUAGACGAGGGUUCAGCACUACGUUUGGAAUGCAAAUUAAAACGUGCCACAGAAAACCCAUCGUUUGUUUUUUGGUACCAUGACAAUAAAAUGGUGAACUAUGAUUCACAAGAUGGUUUUUCAGUGACAUCAACAACCGUUAAUAUGCCAGCUUCAGAAGGUGGUAAUAGCAACCACAGAGAUCGUAGCCAUACAAGUACUAGUAGCAGUAGCAGUAGCAGUACGAGUAGCAGCGGCAGUGGCAGCAGCAGUAGUAGUAACAGUUUAAGCAGUAAUAGCAGCCAUGGUCAUGGGAAUAGUGGGCAUAUGUCUUCGUUAGCUUCACAACAUCAAUCGUCUUAUUUACAAGCGCCUUCGACAAGUGUGCUAACAAUACAGGAAGUGCAUUUCCAUCAUGCGGGCAAUUAUACGUGUGCACCGUCAAAUGCGAGGCCAGCCAGUAUAACUGUUCAUGUCCUUAGAGGAGAAAAACCCGCUGCAAUGCAACAUGCCAACCGAAGUAUGGCGGAAGGAGAAGGUGGCAUCAAUAGCAGUGGCGUGAGUAGCAGCAGUAGCAGCAUAAGCGUUUCUGCCGGAGCAAGCACCAGCAAAGCCAAUAGUCAUCCUAUGCUCAAUCGCAUUUUCCGUUUGAGUGCAAUGGUCGAGUUCUUAUGCCAUCGGAAAGGAUCAUUGGCGUGGCUUCUAACGACAAUGUUUAACUUAAUGGGUAGCCUGCAUCGAAUCGAUAGAUGAAAUUUCUCCAAUAAUGCCCAUCACAGACUGUUACGUAUAUAAAAUAAUAAUAUGGACUAAAGAGUAAGGAUUUGAGCAAAAGAAUACACACACAAAAAAAAAGCAACCAGCAAGAAAUUUAUAUAAAACAAAAAUAGAAAAAGGAAAAGGAAAAACAAACAAAAACGGAAACGGAAACGGAAAACAAAUAAUAAAAAUAUAAGGUAAGAAAGGAUAACAAUAAGUCUAUAGUUUGUUUAGUUUUUAGUUUUUAGUUUAUUUUUUAUUAUUUUAAUUCAAUUUAUUUUGUUUUUAUUUUUAUUUUUCUUAACACAACCAAUUCACACUUAAGACUUGAAAACAAAUUAUAUAGCAUUUAAGGCAAUUGGGAAUUAGGGUAGAGAAAUAUAAAUUAAAAUGUUUUUCUUAUUUUUAGCAGUUUUGUAGACUACCUACCUUCCGAGACCUUAGUAACUUCCGUUUUGGUCUGAAGUCCUACUUUUUGUUAGGGAAAAUUAAUACCAAGACUUGGCUUGAAUUUAGUUGUAUUUUGUCCAGUUUCUUCAAAAAUUUCUGGAAUUAAUUUAAAACUCAAUUUAAUAACUUGUGGUUCAUCUUUGAAACAUGGUUUUAAUAAUAUUGAGAACUCGAUAAUUUAUUGACUUUAAAUCAACUGAUUACAAUUUAUUUAUGAGGUUUUAAGGACUUUAGAUUUCGGUUUAAUGAAACAAAAUUCUUAUGAAUAACCUACACGUUUAAGAGUAAGAGGUUUAAUGUUUCGACAUUGAUUUCUUUAAUUUAUUAAAUGAAGUUUUCAAUUUUAAUCAAUGUUCUUAAAUCUGUUGCACCAAUGCACAGUAUGAACGUUUUAUUUCCAAUAUGAUCUUGGUUGCUUUUUUUUCAUUUGGUUUUCAUAUAUUUUCAAUAGACUGCUCGGCUCAAUGUGACUAAACUUGUGGCCAAUGGCGUAUCGAGGUCUUUGGGGUCAUGCCCAAUGGAAGAUUAUUUUUUUAAUUUUUGUAGGAAUUCCCUUUCAUUCAAAACUUAUCUUGUUGCUAUAAUUGACAUCACCCCCCUGGUAUUCUUGAUAAUUUUUUUUUUGUAUUUGUUGCUAAAACUUUUAACUGAGGACUUGGCCAAGAAAAUAAUAUAAAUUGGAAAUCUAGCCCUAUUCCAAUAGCACAAAUUCAUCAACUUUUCACUAAGGGACGAUCCAGGGGGGGUCAUGUUUUAUAUAGUUAAGUUUUAUUCAUAAAGAUUUAAUUUAAACCUUUGUUAUUAAUUUAACGAUAUUCACCAAAACUUCUUUAAGGUGUUGGUGGUUUUUAUUUUCAAAAUUGAUUUAUUCUAUUGAAUAAAAGAACUUUUAAGAUCUUCAAAAAAUCUACUUUUUACAGUGAAUUUGCUUUUGGAUGCUCUAAAAGUCAGAUUGAAACAUGAAUUUCAAAAAUAUCAAUGUCCCAAAAGCACCAAAAGUCACACAUAAUGAACUUUUCAUAUCUAAAUGUAAAAGCUUUGAAUCUCUCAAGAACUGAAGUGAAAAGAGAUUCUGCAACGUUGAAUUUGUGAAUGACAUACUAAAGUUUCUUCUCAACUUAUUUGUUUAUCUUAAUUUGUUUUUAUUUAAUUUUAAGAAGAUUUAUGUACUUAAAUUUACCUAUUAACUUAAAUUCAACAACCCCACAUUUUUCUCUCUAUACGAUUUGUAUGUUUCUUAAAAAUGGAAGUAUUUUCAAAAGCUUCACGCAAAACAGCAAUUUUUAAGAAUGUGUCCUUUAGCAAUAACUCGAAUAAACGAGUAAACAGAUUCAUGACGAUAGUAAUAAUAGACUCCCGAAAAUUGACUCCAAAUACAAUACAUUCUUUUUAUUUUCCAACGAAAAAGAUAACAUAUUUCUGGAAAACUUUCUUAUUUUCUUUGUUUUUGCAACUAUAUUUUUGUAGCGUUUUCACAUUUAUAGAAAUGUCAACAAGGACAGAAUAAGUUAUUUUUUGGAGAAAGCUACGUUUUAACAUAAUUUCUCCAAGAAAUGCACUAAAAAACCAGCUCUACACUAUUGUAAUUUCGCUCUUAAAUAUGGCAUAUAUAGAAAACUUUUGAAAUCUUGGAAUGUUUUCAUAUGAAGAAAGUAGUCUAAAAUAAUAUAAAUAAAGUUAUCACUUUAGUCCUUGAAAUAUGGAAGUGUAUUGGUUAAGAUACACCUUACUCCUUAAGAGAACAUUAAAGAACAUUUUUAAGUGGUGCCCAAAAACUCAUCUUUAUGAUAAGUUUCUGACCCCCCUGAUCUCAUUCCGCCCUUGCCUGCGAUGUGUAUUUCAGGGACCUUAAAGCUGCCCAAAAACUUAAUGUUUUCGUCGUGUCGUUCCACAAUUUAAGUUAACGGGUGAGAGAAUUUUAGUCUUGGCUACUGUUAGGUUUCGAGUGAGUUACCCUAUUCAUACUCGGCGACAUAAUGUCACUUAGGCCUCGGUUAGUUUUAAAACAAAAAAAAUAUAUCUAAAGGAGCAAAUGUUUUUUUGAAAUCACAAAUAUCUAAACGUCCAGUUUGUCAAAAAUAAAGAAAUCUGAUGAUCGGUUGGCACCCGUAUUAUGUAAAUCCUUCGCUGUGGAAGAACAAUCAAGUUGUUGUUGUAGUAUUCAAAACCUACUAAAAAAUUGUCACAUUCAAAAUUCUUCUAGUACCAAAUUUAUUCCAAGAUUUCAUUUCAGCCAACUUAAGGGUCUAAUAAUACCUAAGUUCAAACUCAAACUGAGAUCUAACUACUAGUUCUAACGGUUUAAAAUUUGAUGAAGAAAAAAGGUAGAACUUUAUGGGCUUCUAAUUUGUCCAUAAAAAAAGAUGCAGGGGUUAGAACUUUGUCAAAAAUUGGCCAUGAGUGUCUUGAUUUAUUAUUACUUCAAGUAUCAGUCAAAUAUAUUUUUUUAAACUUGUCAAACCAUUCCAAACCCAUUUUGUUUUAUAGUGGUCGCCUUUGUUUCUUACAACUGAAUAUACCAUCCAAUUUUGAUUAGAAUACAUUUUACCGCCUUGAAAUCUACAACAAUAUUCAUGGACCUCUUUUUUUCUUUCCAAUUUAAUUCAAGAAUUAAUGUAUUGAAAUUUUUUUAUAAGGGAAUAGUUAUAACUGUCAGUAGUUUUCGUCAUUUAAAAUUUUGUUUUGGGAUUUAAAAGCUAUUAAGAGAUUCCAAUUUUUAAUGUUAACUAUUAAUGAUGAAGGUUAAAAGAUGUAGAUUUUUUUUUCUGAAAAGAAUACUUUAUUUAACCCAGAACUUUUCAUUUAGUUGAUUUUAAAAUGCUUAAUGGUAUCAUCUUCUCCAACGAGCAGCUUUUGUGUUGCCACGUAUCAGUUUUCCUUUCAAUGAACAACUUUAACCUCACAUUUUUUAUUUAAAUCAGAAAAUGAUAGAAUUCAAUCAGGAAAUUUGUGUCCAAUGACAGAAAUUCUUAAAUAAAAUGAAAUAACCAUCAUGUCAAACAAAAACUCUAAGGAUUGGUUUCAAUUAUGAAAACCAAUAAAAGCUGUAACUGGUCAUUAACUCAGCAAUUGCGAUGACUCUUUGAAUGCCCAAUGUUUCUUGUUUAGGCUUUCGGGAUCUAAUGGACGAUAGAAAUCUACAUUUAAUAGUUUUUGAUAUAUUUUAACUUGUUGAUUCGACUUAACUUGACAACUUUGGUAGCAGAAUUCAAGAAUGAUUUAAUAAUGGCAACUCUGUAACUCUUUUGUAUUAUUGAUUUCUAUUCUUCUACAGUCGCCUGGUUAUGGUUUCUUUUUGUCUGUCUUCUUUUUACUAGUCCAAAAAUACUUAGAACAGCUGAAGAAUUUGGCUUUAAUUUUUUUUUAAAUAGAGAAUUGACAGCAUCAUGUGUUAGUCAAAGACACUUUUUCUGCCUGUAUAAGGCUGUCAUCAACCCUCUCUCCCCAUAAAUAGCCACGCAAGCCAAAUCAACCAUGCCAAGACAAGCAGCAUUCAUUUAAACCUUGAAAGACAAUCUUUGUAUUGAUUCAAGCAAACUUACCCAGCCCAGGUGUAAAUUGAGCUAGAGCCUGAGCGAUUAAAAAACUGAUUUGCUAUACGUUCUACAGAAAAACAUCCAAUUAGUUUAACCAUUAGAAACCGUUGUGUUUGCAACGUGAAACGAAUAAAUAGCAUUUAAACAACAAUAGUGACAAAUUAACGGUGUUAAUUCUUUUCAAUUUUUGUUAAUAGAACCAUUAAACCCCUGCCAAACUCUUUCAAUACCAUCUCACGUUAAAUCUAUCAAGUCUUGCAUUUCACUUUUUUUAAUUUUAAUUAUUAUUUUCUUUUAAGUAUUUUUUUUUUUUUGAAUCUUAAGUUUGAUACAAAAACUUUUUUUUCUAUCUACUCAUUUUAUUUUUAAAUUUGUAUUUAUCAUUUGUUUUGCUUGAUUUUGUUUUCUCUACAAAUUUCUUACCAAUAUGUAAAUGUAUACUAACAAAAAUAAAGCUUGUAAUUAAAAAUUUAAAAAAAAAUAAAAUUAGAACUUAAAAAAAAUGUAUUGAAAGUUAUUUAACCUAUAAUUAAACAAUAAAUAAUGUAAACUAAAAGAUAAUAUUUAUUUUUAUAUCGACUUUUGUUACUAUAAAAAAAAUAAUAAUGUAUUUAACUCCUGUUUUUCUAUUAAAUCUCAAGCAUUGAAUAUACAUAAAAAAUUACUUUCAUAAAUUUCCAAUGAAGAAAAAAGAAAAGAAAAAUAGAAAAUCAAGGUAAAACUGUAUAAAGUAGUUUAAAAAAAUAUUUAUUUUGUAAAAAGGAAAACUAUUUCAGAAUCAAUGACAAAAUUUAUUUGAAUUUUGAUUUUAUUCAAAAGUUGGAAGUGACUAACAUUGAGAGUGAUGAUAAGUUAGUAAAAACAAAAAAUAAUAAUACAAUUAAAUAUGUCUAUUAAAUCUCAAUUCAAUUAUGUAUAGAUGUCUUGUGCUUAUCUUUUUAAAAUUAACCAUACAAAUUAAAGAACACAAAUUCCUUUUAACAGAACUUUUAUGUUUUGUUAAAAUCAAAACAAAAUCUCCUAACUCAAUGUUUGUUACUUCCAUAAUUUUUGUAUUGUUAUAAAUUUACACUUUAAGUACCUAUAAAUAAAUAAAAGUAAAUUUUGACAUACAAAUUAUAACAAUACCUGCAGAGUUCAUUAUAAAAUAAUUAAAAAAGAUUUUAAACAAAAUACCAAUUCGUUAACGUUAUCCUAGAAAAAAUAUUUCCUUUAUUUUCAAAAAGUAAAAACUAAUUAAAUCCA